AUGUCCUCCAUCCACGACCUCGCAGCUGCAGCCGUCGCCGGCACCUCGUCUCCGCAGCCGGCAGCCGCAGCGGCAACGGCAACUGCAGCGGAUGACGGCACCGAGAACAAGAAGAGGGGCGCCUUCAUCGUGCUCGAGGGCCUGGACCGGAGCGGCAAGACUACGCAGGUGAAGCUGCUGGAGCAGCGGUUUGUGGAGGAGGGAAGACCGGUGAAGGUGAUGCGAUUUCCUGACAGAACGACACCGAUUGGGCAGAUGAUUGAUGGCUAUCUUAAAAACCAUGUCGACUUGAAUGACCAUGCCAUUCACCUCCUCUUCAGUGCCAACCGCUGGGAAGCCGCCAACCAAAUCAGAGCCUACCUCGACGCCGGCAUCACCGUCGUGUCGGACCGCUUCUACCACUCGGGCAUCGUCUACUCCGCCGCGAAGAAGAACCCGCACCUGCCGCUGGCGUGGGCGCGCGCCCCGGACACGGGCCUGCCGCGGCCGGACGUGGUGCUGUUCCUGGACCUGGACGAGGAGGCGGCGCGGGCGCGGGGCGGCUGGGGCAGCGAGAAGUACGAGAAGGAGGAGCUGCAGCGGACGGUGCGGGAGCUGUUCUGGGCGCUGAGCAUGGGCGGCAAGGACAUCAAGGGGCAGGACCUGCUGCAGCAGCUGGGCGGCAUCGAGGGCGCGGCGUGGAGGCAGGACGAGGAGGACAUUGUGGUGGUGGACGCGGGCAGGACGGUGGAGGAGGUGUCGGAGGCGAUUUGGAGAAAGGUCAGGGCGAGGGUUGACCGGGUGGAGGCGGGCGAUAUGGGAAAAGUGGUGAGGACUGCGCUGUGA